UGAAAAAGACAUAUUCUAAAUAGUUUACAAAACGAUAGAUAGUAUGGACCACGCAACGAUACGGGCACUGAAGAAUGCACUCCGCAAGGAUAUGAGGAAAAGACUAGCGCAAGUGCCAGCAGACAUUGUCAGGAAGGAAUCCAAUAUCGUCAUACAAAAGCUAUUUGCAAUGAAAGAAUAUCAGCAAAGUCGAAAUAUUAGCGUGUACAUUAGUAUGCCCUCUGGAGAAGUAUCAACAACGGAAAUCAUUAGAGAUCUAUUUGAUAAAGGCAAAAAAUGCUUCAUACCGAGAUGUGACGGUAACGUAAUGGAAAUGGUACGGUUGGUUUCUUGGGACGACUACAAAGCACUACCAACCAAUAAGUGGAAUAUUCCUGAACCACUCUUGGACGAGGCAAGAGAGAAUGCCUUGCAAAGUGAAGGACUGGACCUUGUUAUUGUACCAGGACUCGCCUUUGAUGGAGAGGGAUGGCGUAUGGGCCACGGAAAAGGAUACUACGACCGCUAUCUUCGAAAAGUCGCGGACUGGUCCGCAUCAGCAGGAAAACCACCACCAAUUACAGUGGCGUUGGCACUGUCUGAGCAAGUUAUCGAAUCGCCUGUCCCACGGGAGUCCUUCGACCAGAAACCGCAUUACGUGAUUACACCGACAGGCGUAAUUGAGUGAUCCUGUCUGCAUUUAAGUGUUUCCCAAUAAUAUAUACAAUGAUUCCCAUCCCUA